CUCCACCUCGCCAUCAUCUUCGCAACCGAGUGAAAUCAGUGAGGGAAAGAAGAAAUUUUCGAAGGCAUCGUCGUCACCAACCAUGACUACUAAAUACGAGCUCGUGUUCAUCCCAUCGCCCGGCCACGGCCACCUGGCUCCGACGGUGGAGAUGGCCAAGCUCCUUGUCGACCGCGACGAUCGGCUCUCCGUCUCCGUCCUCAUCAUGAAGUUCCCCUUCGACUCCGAGAUUGAUUCCCACUUCGAGUCGCUCGCGGCCUCCAUCGCUGCCCGCAUCCGCCUCGUCCUCCUCCCUCUGCAAGACCCCUCCCCGAGGACGUCCCCGCUGCUCUUCGUCCAUCACUUCGUUGAGAGCCACAAAGCCGACGUCCGAGAAGCCGUGGCCGAGCUCUCCGCCCGCAGCUCGCCGCGGCUCACGGGGCUCGUCUUUGACAUGUUCUGCACCUCGAUGAUCGACGUGGCUGUUGAGUUCGGCGUCCCUUCAUACAUGUUCUUCACGUCUGGCGCGGCGUUCCUCGGAAUCAUGCUGCACCUCCAGUCUCUCCAAGAUGAGCAACACAUGGACCUGACCAGGCUCAAGGGUCCAGACGCCGAGCUUGACUUCCCGUGCUUCGCUAACCCGCUGCCCGCCUCCAAGUUCUUGCCCUUGGAGGUGUUUAUGGAAGAAGACCGCCGGAUAUUCCUGGGACAUGCCCUGAGGUUUAGGGAGACCAAGGGAAUUUUGGUAAAUACAUUCGCGGAGCUGGAACCACGCGCGCUGGAGGCCCUGGCGAGCAUGGGAGCGCCGCCGGUGUACCCAAUCGGCCCCAUACUGAACAUCAAGGUCCAGAGCGAAAAGGGUUUCGAGAUCCUGGACUGGGUCGACCAGCAGCCGGAUGCGUCGGUGGUGUUCCUGUGCUUCGGGAGCCGCGGGACCUUCCAUGAGAACCAGGCAAAAGAGAUUGCCCACGCAUUGGAGCGGACCGGGUACCGCUUCCUGUGGUCCCUACGGCAGGCACCGGCGAAGGGCAUGAUGAAAGCUCCCUGUGACUACCCGGAUCCCGCAGAGGCCCUGCCCGAGGGGUUCCUUGAUAGGACGGCCGGCCUGGGGAGAGUGAUCGGGUGGGCUCCGCAGGUUGCAGUCCUGGCCCACUCAGCCAUCGGAGGGUUUGUGUCGCACUGCGGGUGGAACUCCACCCUUGAGAGCAUUUGGUUCGGCAUACCGGUCGCCACGUGGCCUCAAUAUGCGGAGCAACAGCUCAACGCAUUCCAGCUGGUGGUAGAACUCGGCCUCGCGGCAGAGAUCAAGAUGGAUUAUCGGAGAGAUCAUGCAAUAGGGAGUGACUGCGUUGUGACGGCGGACGAAAUAGAGGGAGGGAUAAGGAAGCUAAUGGAGGGCGAGGAGGCCAGGGAGAGGAGGAAGAAGGUUAAGGAGGUGAGCGAGAAGAGCAGGAAGGCUUUGGCGGAGGGCGGCUCUUCUUACUUGUCUUUGGCUCACUUCAUCGAGGAUGUCUCGAGUCAAUGAGCCUUCGUUUAAUCUGCGCUCAUGUUCAUCCCACCU